AUGGAUAGUCCAAAGUCGUUAUGGUUUGUGGAGUUUGGAAACGAUCCAAGUGGUGUAUUUCGUUCAGUUGAAGCCACUAUUGAUGGUGAAUAUGAAGGGAGAAGGAGUAAAAGAAGAUCCGACGACAACCAUCACGAGUCCUCCGUCCACCACCGAGCUGUUCAAGGCCGUCGUCCCCUCCGUUUGAGCAACCAUCAUCUCCGACGGCGAGGAACCACCACCGCGACCGAGAUCUCCUCCACUCCGGUCCGCCGACUUCUUUCAGUUUCCCGGAUCGUUGCACGGAGUGAGAAGUAUGGCAUGUACAUGCUUCUAGAUGUAAAUACAGAAAUUUAUCCUAUCAACAGAAAGGAAAGAUUCUUGUUGGCUUUGUCUCCAUCUCUUGUUUUAAAUACCAAGGAUGGCCCAGUUUCAAUUCAAGAACAGUUUGAAUACAUCAUGUAUGGAAGGUUAUAUGACAUCACAGCUGAUGGACUUUCACGUUCUCCGCCUGAAGAGAACACUUGCUAUGUGAGGCUAACAGAGCUCUCAGACAAAGGAUGGAAGGGUAUCAAAUAAAUUCACUCCAACUGAAUCUGAGUGGUGAAGAUAUGGGAUAUGGACAUCAUCAUCAUUAUCAAAUAAAUUCUUGGUGUCAUCUCUACUCAAAGACUUCCUUUCUCAUCAAACUCAUUUGAUAUGGCUCAUUGCUCUAGAUGCCUUAUCCCUUGGACUGGAUUUGGUCCAGCAUUGGUAACAACAAAGGAUGCUGGAGAUGCAGUAGCUUUACUUCAGUCAUUAGCCGGCUCCACUUAAAGUUACAUCAAAUUCUUGGAGAGGAAAGAGGAAAGAUUCAGCUCAAUGUACUUCUUUUUAUUUUCAAAUGUCCAGUUUCUAGGUAGAGUUUGUUUGGUGGUGCAAAUUGUAAGAGGAAAGAUAGAGUUAGCUUUGUCAAUGGAUUUUUGUUGUUUUUAAGUAUUUAAUUUAGCUCUUGUUUUGAAUCCCAUGGUUUUGAAUUUGGGAAGACAUCAAAACUUAAUUAUCUAUAUUUUAUCGAA